CCUGCCACACACACCUGGACACGUCCCUGCCACACACACCUGCCAAUCUUAAAAGGACACAACAUGGCGAGGCUAAUCACUGGACUGAUUCUGCUGAUCUGCCUUCAGUUUGCCUCUUGUUCCAAACUUGUGUGUUACUACACCAACUGGUCCCAGUACAGACCUGGAGAGGGCAAAUUCACCCCUCGAAAUGUGGACCCAGAUCUGUGUACACAUUUGAUCUACGCCUUCUCCAUCAUCAGCCCGUCCAACGAGCUCUCCACCUACGAGUGGAACGACGAGGUUCUGUACCUGCAGUUCAACGCCCUCAAAAACAG